UAAAUAAAUCACUUGUCCUCUGUCUUAUAUUAUGGGAGCUUCCGGUUUGUUGCGUCUGAAGUCACGAGCAGGCAGGGGGAGGAUACUCAGCAAUACACACGGCGGCGGCGGCGGCAAUGGCUUCCCAUAGCCGGAGACGAAGCACUCAGGUCAUCCAACGCGGCGCGAGCAGGAAUGAGGGAAAGAGGGAGCAAAGGACAGAAGCCCGCGUCCGGAAACGACGGCGGCUGGCUACGUCGCCGGCGGAGGCGGACUACUUCGACGGGCUUCCGGAUGAUCUCCUCGUCUCCGUGCUCUCCAAGCUCAGCUCCUCCGCCCAACGCCCCUCCGAUCUCAUAAGCGCCCUCCUGACGUCUAAGAGAUUUCAUGCCCUCGGACACCAUCCUCUGGUGUUGUCCAUGGCCGGCUCAAGCUGUCUCUCUGUUCGAGCAAAGGCGUGGCGUGAUUCCGCUCACAGAUUCCUCAAGAGAUGCGUCGAUUGCGGAAAUCUAGAAGCGAGUUAUAUUCUCGGAAUGAUUCGAUUCUACGCGCUAGAGAACAGGGGAAGCGGAGCUUCGCUGAUGGCGAAGGCGGCCGUCGGUUCCCACGCCGCCGCCCUUUAUUCUCUGGCGAUCGUACAGUUCAACGGCAGCGGCGGCUCCAAGGCUCACAAGGAUCUCCGCGCCGGCGUCUCCUUGUGUGCCCGCGCGGCGUUCCUUGGCCACGUCGACGCUCUCCGGGAGCUCGGCCACUGCCUCCAGGAUGGCUACGGCAUCCGCCGCAACACCGCCGCCGGCAGGCGUCUCCUGGUGCAGGCCAACGCCCGGGAGCUCGCGGCCGCCGUCUCCUCCUCCUGGCCAGAGUGGCUGGAGAAACGUCGUCUGGCCGAUCCCGGAGAAUACUCUCUUCUGAGCGACUACGGGUGUAGCUUGCCAGCGCCGGAGCCGCACCCGGCGAACAGGUUCCUGGUGGAAUGGUUCGGGAGCCGCGGAGCGCCGGCGAGCGAGGAACUGCGACUCUGCUCCCACCGAGGGUGCGGGAGGAGGGAGACGCGUCGCCACGAGUUCCGGCGGUGCUCGGUGUGCAGCCUGGCCAACUACUGCUCGAGGGCGUGCCAGGCGUUGGAUUGGAAGCUGUCGCACAAGGCUGAGUGCGCCCCGACGGUGCCAUGGGCCGCCGCCUCGCUUUGAGAGCGAAGACAGACUUAUUGCCAUUUUACAUUAAAUCGAGCUCACUCUUCUGAAUUUAAUGCAAUUUUUGGAUUUUUUUUUUUAUGGCUAAUCUUAAUUUAUGCUUUAAUCAUAAAAAAAAUUGCAAUCUAAAUCAGUGUUAUCUUAAUGUAUAA